AUGAAACUGACAAAGUAUUCAACAUGGGACUUCCUGUUGCAGCUCAUCAUGCUAGAGUGCGCGACAGGAGUUAUAGUUUCUCGCCACUUCUCAAAGAUACGCGGCAGUUUCGUAGAGCCUCUCCACUGUGACCUGACCACGCCCCAAGUUCCCGCCUCGACCAAAUUCCUUGGCCCACGCCGUGCUUGCGGUCUCAUGUGCCAGAACACUGCGGACUGUCGCUUCUUCUGCCUCCUUGAAAGCAAGGGUACCUGCUCUCUAUUCAGCGCUUACGUUGCCGUACGAUGGCAAGGUCAUCCUCCGUCUCCAUCAGGUACAGCAUUCGACGCUUGUUACACCUCGUGGGGAGACCCACGUGACGUAGUGAAGACGACCUCUCCUUUCAAUUACUCUUCUGUUUAUCCUGGAGCCAGCGCUAGUUUUGUGCAUGCAAUCGAUGGCUACGCCUGUGCAGAAACAAAAAAUCGCUUUAUAACGGAACUCGCUUCAAAUAGCUCCUCACAGAUUGACUUGGAACAGGUCACUCGCGUACAGACAGUGAUCGUGGCCACCGCUAAUGGAGAUUACAUUGAAGACGUGGAUGUGUUCCUCGGCAACACGACUGACUUCACCCUUGGGCAGAAAAUUGGACGAGUUGACGGCCUCGUGCCUUCUUGGUCAACGUAUACCAUCAACACCAACACCAGCGUAGCAGGACGGUACCUCACGUUCUUCAUGGCACCGUAUAGUUACCACGGCUACGCUGACAUGCAAGUUAUUCCGCUGCCUUGAGCUUGUGCUUUCACCACAUGGAAAUACCAAUGUGAGCAGGAAAGUCGAUAAGUCAGCCACGUAUAAAUUAUAAUUUUAACUGAUAACAACUGAUAAAGUUCGAUUGUCGAGCAGUAACAGGCUGAUGAAUUUAGGUUGUCCUGUCUUAAUUCCUAAAACUCACUUACAGACAAGAAUUUCAAACUUUAUAUUCUCGUAGCCGGAGAAAGUUAGUUCUGUUAGAAAAAAUUCAAUGAAACU